CAAAAAUACCUAAAAAUGUGCAAAUUUUACGUAUCAUAAAUCGUUUCAAACUCUUGAAAUCAGAUGAUAUUCAGCAAACCAGCUUUAAGGGUUGGCGCUUUGGUGGCAUUGCGUUUAGUCAUCACUUCCGGCAACUGUUUCACCAAUCAAACUAAAGCUAGCCAAUUGAAGGUGUGGAUUAGUGGUGGAAGAACAUUGGAAGCGGCUUCUUUACAUCAAAGCAUCUAUCCAGAAAUAAGUUUUAUUAGUCUAAAAUCGAGUGCAACUGGCAUAAAGCCAAUUGGCAUCUGUCAACAGCCCCUGAAGAUGGGCAGCUAUGUAAAUAUGAUGAUGGCUAGCCCGUUUCUUAGCUACUAUGGCAGAAGACGUUCCCAAUUGAUUUCCAAUCGCGCCUGUAAAUCAACUUAUCUGCAGGAUGAAUCCGUUUACAUUACACCCAAUAUGCUGUGCCUAACAAACUCCUUGAAGCCCUCGAAAUGUGCCACCAUUCGAGGAGAUUCCCUCCUCAUGAAAAAUUGUUUGUGUGCCAUCAAUAUCUACGGCUCUAAGUGUCAUUCACGUUCUCAAAAUGCAGAUCUUUAUGCCAAUCUUUAUACAAUGCGACAAUAUAUCAAUGUGUUUAUAAAAAAACUAGAAAAAUAAUCAACAA